GCACAGAAAGCGGCCUUCAGCCGGUUCUCUUCCGGAGAAAGCUAGAUCCUUCUUUGACGAGGCCAGGUCCUGGGCUGUUCUAGGAGGCUCACAAGUCAUUCUUUGUCCAUUCUCCGCAAAGAAGGGAGGAGCCUCGCCUGCUCCCGCCCCGGAAGCGGAAGUGCAGGCGUCAAGGGGUUCUGUCCACUGUGAGCCCGGCCCGUGUGGCAGCGGUUCCUCUCGGUGAUUCUAUCGCGCCCUCUUGGCUGCUAGUUGUCGCGCUCUUCGUCUCACCAUGCUGUCGCUAGACUUUCUAGAUGAUGUGCGGCGGAUGAACAAGAGGCAGCUGUACUACCAAGUCCUAAAUUUUGGAAUGAUUGUCUCCUCGGCACUAAUGAUCUGGAAGGGGCUGAUGGUGAUAACCGGAAGUGAGAGUCCGAUUGUAGUGGUGCUCAGUGGCAGCAUGGAGCCUGCGUUUCACAGAGGGGAUCUCCUUUUCCUCACAAACCGGGUUGAAGAUCCUAUCCGUGUGGGGGAGAUCGUGGUUUUCAGGAUAGAGGGAAGAGAGAUUCCCAUCGUGCAUCGGGUUCUGAAGAUCCAUGAGAAGCAAGAUGGGCAUAUCAAGUUUUUAACCAAAGGAGAUAAUAAUGCCGUGGAUGAUCGAGGCCUCUAUAAACAAGGGCAGCACUGGCUGGAGAAGAAAGAUGUUGUAGGGAGAGCAAGAGGGUUUGUUCCCUAUAUUGGAAUUGUGACAAUCCUCAUGAAUGACUAUCCUAAAUUUAAGUAUGCAGUACUGUUUCUACUCGGUUUAUUUGUACUGGUCCAUCGUGAGUAAGAAGUCAGCCUCGCUGUCCCUAGGAAGAUGCUGAGCUUGCUGUUACUGAAUGUUGGAGUAGAUCCUGACCUGUGAUUGGCGGAUAUUCGGAGGACACACAUGUCGGCACUUCUUGGUAGCACUGGUUUGCAUUACUUUGUGUUUCCACACCUGAGGAUGUGUGGGCGGGUGCAUGUGCACCGUGGAGUGCACACAAGGGGACUGUCAAUCACAGGGUUCCAUAUGUUGUCAUUGUCACUCUUUCACAUUUUUGUACAUCAGUGAAUUUUUUAUAUUAAAAGGUUGAGCCAAAGCCCCCAGUGUUUGUAUUUUGAAGCCAAGCUUCACUUUUAAAGUGCCUACAGAGUUCUGUGAAUGCAAACACAGCGUUUGCUCUGCGUGAGCUCAGACCUGCCGUUCCUCCGUGCGUACCCGGGAAUGGCACAUACUGAGGUGGUCCUAAGUCUUAACUUUUCGAAAUUUUAAAUAAAAGACUUUGCACAUUGAA